AUGGCUGCUCCAUCCGGGCUCUGUGCCGCCGUUGCCGCUGUGCAGGCCCCCACACCUGAUCAUAUUAUUUCAGCUGUUGUUCUGCACUCACCUUCAGUGUGCGCUCCACUAUGGACCGCAAAAGGGGUAACUGCCACAGGAUACAAACGGAGAGGAAAGCCUACAUGCUGCAGAAUGAUGGAUGACAGGAGAACUAUGCUGCACAUCCUUGAGGAGCCUCAGAUGAGAGGAGAAGGGGAAAGACUUAAAACAUUUCAGAAUUGGCCAGGAGAUGCACCUGUAACAUCUGAAGACCUGGCCAAAGCAGGCUUCUUCUUUUUAGGUCCUGGGGACAAAGUUAAGUGUUUUUGCUGUGGAGGGAUUUUAAGAUACUGGGUACACGGGGACAGCCCAGUCGCUGAGCAUAAGCGACAUUUCCCUACUUGCAGUUUCAUACUAGGUCAAGCUGUGGGGAAUAUUCCACUCCAAGCAGGCUCCUCGGACUCUGUGGAUGGCCAGCUACUGAGUCAGCUCCAGAGGAUGACUAUGGAUGACCAAGGAACAGCUGGACAAGCAGUCUACCCAGAGAUGGAAGCAGAGGAUUCUAGGCUCACCACUUUCCACAACUGGCCCACGGAAGCCUCGGUCCAGCCAGAUAUCCUCGCCAGAGCAGGAUUUUUCUACACAGGCCAUGGUGACAAUGUCAAAUGCUUCUACUGCGAUGGCGGGCUGAGGAAUUGGGAGCCAGGCGAUGACCCCUGGCAGGAACAUGCCAAAUGGUUUCCACGAUGUGAGUUUUUAAUCCAGUCCAGAGGGCAGGACUAUAUCAGUAACAUACAGGAUGCUCAUUUCCAUCUGGGUGACACUGUGGGAGGAUCACAGACCUCCACAGGCGGAAACAUUGGUUCCAGAAAUGAUAUAGUUGGAGGUCUGGGAGCUUCAUCAGCCAUGCUUUCUCCUGUGGUGCAAACUGUUCUCCAAAUGGGCUUUGAAGCUAGCCUGGUGGAGAGUUUGGUCCAGACCAAAUACCUCCUGACAGGCCAGUACUACAUAUCUGUAUCUGAACUGGUUACUGACGUACUGCAAGCAGAGGAGGAGGACAGACAGAGGGUUACAAAUAGCAGAGAGCCAGAGAUGAGGCAGGGUUCCAGUGCAGGAAAUGUGAGGACGCCAACACCUGUCAGAGAAAAAGACCCCAGUCCAGAAGAGCUGCUGAGGCAGCUGCAGGAAGAGAGGACCUGCAAAGUGUGCAUGGACAAACUGGUUUCCAUUGUUUUCAUCCCCUGUGGUCACCUGGUAGUUUGUGGUGAUUGUGCUGCCAGCCUGCGUCACUGUCCCAUCUGCAGAGCUGUCAUCAGAGGCAGCGUUCGUGCUUUUAUGUCUUGAGGCUGCAGUGAAAAGCUACCCCACUACAGGUGU